UAUGUAAUUGUGAUAGAUGAAUCUAACUCUGAAACAAAACGUUUUCGAUUUGUUUCUUGUAUUGUAUUGUGAAAAUAAGAAUAAGCCGCUAAAUAUUGUAUUACAGUAGAUAGGAGUGAGUAUUAAUAAAAAAGUGACAUGUCGCAACCUAAUGUGACUGUCCUAUCAGGGAAUCCAAUACAAAAAAAGAAGCUCAAGAAAAAUAAUUUCUGGGUACAGAAAAACUUUAUACCGUCACAAGUUUUGCAACCAGUCAGAGAGUUAUUAGAGGUACCUACGGUUGAAGAACCACCGGUUCUAUUACCACCUCCUCCGACUCUUAUAGACCUUGUCGAUGGUAAAUCCAAGUCCAUACCACAAAUACCAAGCGUUAAAAAGAAACCAACAGAAACAAAGAUAAUAACUGCUGAAAAUAAAGUUUCUCCAGGAGAAAAGUUACCUGGAAAAGCUGCCAUGGAUUUCUCUGAAGAUAUAAAAAUUCCAGAUGUUGGUCCUGCCAAACCAGCAAAUCAAGGUGGUCCGAAACCAGGACAAAUGGCUGGUCAAAAGCCAAAGAAGAAAAAAUAUAAGGGCAAAAAGAAAGGAAAAAUAUAUAUAUAUGAUAUACCAAAUAAAGUUUGGGUAAAUAAGCCAGCUGAGGCAGCAAACAAGCCAGUAACUGCAGGUCCUAGUGGAGACAAUAAUAAACAAGGGGAGAGUAAAGAGUCACCCGCACCUGGUCAAGCUACUGAAGCUACUCAGGCUACUCCGGUUACUACCGAUGCAGCCCUUAUGAAGGGAUUUACAAUACCAAAAGUGGAUUCUACGAACCUGCCCAAGAAAAUUACCCUAAAAACAAAGAAAAUUCUUCAACAAGAGAUGGUGAGACAGCGGAUGAACUGGAUCAAAAAUAGUAGUAAUCCUAAUAAUGCAGGAAAUGUACCUGGAACUUCAGGAGCUAGUAACGUGCCACAAGCAAUGGUUCCUAGCCCAACUAAUCCGGGUAUUCCGGGUAAUAAUAUACCCGGAUCGGUUGGGACCCCAUCACCAAAUGCAGGAGCUCAAGCUACUUCCAUUCUAGGACCAGCUCCGACUACGCUACCAGUAUUGGGUACGCCGCAAGCACAGGCACCGCGGAGCAAUGCGGGCAGUUUCUUCAACAUGGCAGUCACACAGUCUCAACCCACGCCCAAGCCAGCCAGACCUAUAAUGCCAGAUAUUUAUGCUUAUAAAUACAAUAACUACCCGAAAGGGAUACCAAAAAGUUUCCUAAUGAAAGCAGAAAACCAACAAGCAGUAACCGCCGAUUCACCAAUAUGGCCGACUCAAAAUUACUACCAAACUAUGAACGCUGGCCAACCAACAUUGGCCCAACAGGAGCCAGAAGUGAAUGUUAUUGAACCAAUGAAUACGGACCCAUCGCCAAUAUUUGUCCAAACGGAGAACCAAUCUGAUGUCCCACAGCCUUAUUCGCCGUCCGAUAUUUAUGCGGAAAUGAAUGCUAAUCCUGAACCCGAAGACCCGGAGUCUCCCGACCAGGGUCAAGGCAAUCAGAAACGUUUGAGUGCCUUCCACAGACUGGGCCCGGUGGCACAGCCUAAGAAACCCAAGCUUACUAUCAACUUGACUCUGAAUAAGGAACAACCUGUACGGGAAGUAGUAGACGAGACGGACAAUGACCCAGACCGUUACACUCCGGUACACUUACGUCAGGACAUCAUCAAUAGUACUGACGCGACGGUAGUUCAGUACUUACCCAACUGGCCUUGGAGGAAAAACGUUGGCAUCAGGAAGAGUGCUACUGCUAGGAGUUCUAGAUCCGCCAUGAUUUUAGAACAAGAGCAAAUGGAGGAAGCAUACGACAAAAAUAACUUUUUUAUUCAAAUCUCUGUAAAAGGCUACCCUUCAACGUGGACAAAGGAACGAGUUUUGGACGCUAUACUUGAUAGUGUAAAAGGAUAUAGUCUCAUACCUUGUUUUAUAGAGUUCGAAGAGCACCAAUGCAAAUUCUUAACCCUACGCUCCCGUUCGGCGCUCAUAGUGUUACACAAAAAUGGCCUCUAUAUCCACAAGGACGGGGUCGAAUUGACCAUAACUGUGUCACUGCCUAAUUUGACCCUCAAUCAAAUAGAUUUUAUACCGAGAAUCGUACUCAGAAAGCGAGUGGCCAUGGGUUAUUCGGAUAAGAAGCUCAAUUUGAGCGCGUUUACUUUGCAAAAUGAUAUAAGCCACUUCAUUUAUUUCCCGUUGAACUGCAUGAGCAAUCAGACGGCGUUCGUUCAGCUACAGAGCGUCAUCGAAUGGGAAAACCUUGUUGAACUGGAUCUAUCUGAAAACAGAUUAACUUCCAUCGCCGGUUUCGAACUCCACACAAUGACGCCAAGGCUGAAACAUCUCAACUUAGCCAACAAUCACUUGGAGAAGAUCAAUCUUCUACUCAGCUGCAGGAAUUUGCCCCUCAAGUCGAUACGCUUGGAGGGAAACCCGUUGUGCCACGAUUAUAUUGACCCGGAACAUUAUAUUAAAGUUAUUAAGUUGAUGUUUCCAGCUGUUGAAGAGAUUGACGGCGUAAAAAUCCAUCGUAAAGGCGAGUUACCCGAACACAAACAGAACUACUGUCCGGACGAGGCUUCAGAAAUAGCUGAGAAGUUCCUAGAAACAUACUUCCCACUGUUAGACUCGGCGUCGGAAAACAGAUCCCAGAUACAAGGGAUGUAUGAAGAUGACGCUACUCUGACUGUCACUUAUUGUUAUAAAUUACGCUACGGACCAAUAUACAGAUGUUUCAGAAACCUAUUCCUGUACGCGCGGUUUCUAGACGAAGGUGAAACAGAUUCAGUAGUGGGUGCCAUGGCGAUCACGAAACUUAUUAAUAGAUGGCCACAGACUGAACACGACCCUUUUACUUUUACUGUUGAUGUUUUGUAUCAUACUGAAACCACAACAAUACUACGCAUCAGCGGCAUACUAAAACUAACAGCUGAAACAUUAGCGGAAGACGAACACCUACUAUCUUUCACUCGCACUGUAGUACUAUAUUCUGAAGAGGGCGACGAGUAUAAGAUACACAAUGAAAUGAUUUAUUGGGAAGAACCGUCGGCGGCUGCCGCGAGAGCCGCUUUCAGGGUUAAUACGAUUUCCCAGAAUAAAUUAAAUCUAAAAAUUGAAUCCACCACAGAUGAAGACCUACGAGCCCACAUUCUAAAAAUUUUCAUGAAACUAACUACUAUGGAUAAAAAAAUAAGUGAAAGGUGUUUGGAGCGUAACAGUUGGAACUUUAAGCUUGCUUUGGAGGAUUUUACCAAGUUAUUGAAGGCAAACAACUUGGAGUCACUGAAUGAAGAAGUACAAUGUGCUGCAUAAAUAUAACUUUAUUGUCUCAUCAUAACAGUCAUGUAACUUUCAUUCGGAAGAAUUUAAUGAAAUUCAUAAAUAAAUAUUAUAUACGUUUUAUUCUGA